UUUGUAGGAAUGGAGGGGAAAAAACUGAUUUCUGCGACAGACACACAGUAUUCCAAUGUGCUCCUUCAGUCUUUGAAUGAACAACGCGGCCACGGACUUUUCUGUGAUGUUACUGUCAUUGUGGAAGACCGGAAAUUUCGAGCUCACAGAAACAUCCUUUCGGCCUCAAGCACAUAUUUUCACCAGCUUUUCUCAGUGGCUGGACAAGUGGUUGAACUGAGCUUUGUAAGAGCAGAAAUUUUCGCAGAAAUUCUUAACUAUAUUUAUAGUUCCAAAAUAAUCAGCAUUCGAUCUGAUUUACUUGAUGAACUGAUUAAAUCAGGGCAACAGCUGGGUGUUAAAUUCAUAGCUGAUCUGGGCGUACCUCCGUCUGAAGGAAAAAACAUGCCAAGCGAGGUCAAAGAUGGUGCUUCAGAAACUUCAACUUCUAGUCCAGGUCAAAAGGAUGCUGAAACACAAGUACCUGUAAUAAGGCCAGAGAGUCAAGAGGUAACGGAUGGGAUGCCUGUUAUAACACAAUCAUUCUCCUUACAUGGCAUAGAAUAUGAGACUACAAAAAUUACAGUGAGUGAUUCAGAUGAUGAGGAUGAUGAUGUAAUUUUUUGCUCUGAGAUUGUUCCUCCAAAAGAAUGUACUAAAGAUACAAAUGCUGCAACCCAGAACCAGCUUUGCCCAAGUCCAGCUGGCGUUUCUGACCAAAAAUCAUGUGGCAGUGGCGGCUCUCCCCAUUUGAUGAGCACCGCAGCAGCUCAAAAACUCACUUCGUCUGCCAGUCAGCUAAGCCCAAACCAAACAAAAUCAAGUGCCGAAUCACUUAUCUCUGCAACACCGCAGCAUUUGACUCCUAAUAUCAUUGUGCUAAAUAAGCCUCUACUUAACUCAUCACUCAGUGCCAGCUCCUCGCAUCAAACACACGUGACCCCUACAAUUAAUUUACUCGAGGAGAACCAGCCGCCAUCUAAUAAUGGCUCCGUAGCUGAAGUGGAAACAACUGCUGUUGAUGAUGAAGAGGUUGUUGAAGAUGAUGUUGAUAUCAUUAGCUCCUCUAGUCCUGGUUCAGUCAGCAGUAGCUCUUUGGUUCAGCAAUCUUCUAUACCUAAGGCAGCAACCACUGAAGGAUCAGGUGUACAGAAAAAACAGGUUGUUACAUUUUCACAAGAGCCAUUUUCUAAACCUGGAGAAUUUAAAAUAAAAAUCUCAGAUGUCCUUAGUGGAAACAACAAGGAAUUCAGUUCAGGUAUAGCAUCAACACAUGUGGCAGAAGGGCAGAAAAUCAUAACGUUAGAUACAGCAACUGAAAUAGAAGGCUUAUCCACGGGCUGUAAGGUUUACGCAAAUAUCGGUGAGGAUACAUACGACAUAGUCAUUCCUGUAAAGGGUGAUUCUGAGGAAGGCGAAGCGAAGCCUGAUGAAAAGCCUAGAACAUCUGGUGGUGAUUCUCCAAACAGGAAACGCAUGAAAGUAAAGCACGAUGACCAUUACGAGCUCAUAGUGGAUGGAAGAGUCUACUAUAUUUGCAUUGUGUGUAAGAGAUCAUAUGCGUGUCUGACGAGUUUACGGAGACAUUUUAACGUUCAUUCCUGGGAGAAGAAGUAUCCAUGUCGAUAUUGCGACAAAGUUUUCCCUCUUGCAGAAUACCGUACGAAGCAUGAAAUUCACCACACCGGUGAGCGAAGGUACCAGUGCUUGACGUGUGGCAAAUCUUUCAUCAACUACCAAAUUACGGCCUCCCACAUAAGAUCAGUUCAUAGCCAAGACCCUUCUGGAGAUACCAAGCUUUAUCGAUUGCAUCCUUGCAGGUCUUUGCAGAUCAGACAGUAUGCAUACGUUACCGAUCACUCAAGCAGUAUACCAGUAAUAAACGAGGGUGGAAUUGUUUAUCGUGUUGGUGCAGGGAAGGAUGGCACUGAAGGAACAACAUCUAACCCUCCAUCCAAACAAAUUACCUGGGAUGACAUUUUCAUUCCACAGGGAAACGAAGCAAUUUUUAAACAAAAUCCAUCGGAGGGAAGUACUGAAUUUGAGUUUGUAAUACCGGAAUCAUACUGAAAUGCAUUAAAUGCUGGAAAAGUGCAGGAAUAUUGCAGCUAUUUUAAAUGAACUGUUAAAAUUGCUGUAAAAUCAAAUGUUAAAGUGAAAACAAGUUAACUUGUUACAAGUCAUCAAAUGGUAGCGCUUAGA